UAAAUUAAAAAAAUUGUAGUAUGUACCUAUGUGUAAUGUUUUGUGUAAUUUGGACGAUUCAAAUGGAAAGUAGGAGAAUGCAAAACUUUGUACGUGGGUAUUAUUUAUAAUUCUAUAAAUAUAUUUAUUUAUAAUGUUUCAUAAAAAAAGGAAAAUGAAUAGCACUAGAAGAAUGAAAACGCAUAGCUAAACCUCUGCAUUAAUGGUUGUUAAAACUACUAAUAAUGAACGAAUCAAGCAGUUUUGUUUCACAAGGUUCUGUACUUAUGUCUGUUAGUUCAAGUAAUGCAUCUCAAGGCACCUCGACAUUGUCCCCAGCGUCUACAUCGAAGGAAAACGUACGCGAUAGCACGGAUGAAUUUUACGAUCUUAAAGGAAAAGUGGAAUCGAAAUUGUUGUCUAUGUGGAACAAUGUUAAAUUUGGUUGGACUGUAAAACUUAAAACCAACUUUUCGAAAGAGUCACCAGUUUGGCUUUUAGGCCGAUGUUAUCACCGUAAACUUAGUCCCUCAGGCUCUCUAGAAUCCUCCACUGAAGUUGGUACAGAAGCCACAGCAAAUGAAGGAGUAGAACACAUUUACGGAGAGGGGAUUGAAGGGUUUAAAUCAGAUUUUAUCAGUAGAUUAUGGAUGACCUAUAGGAGAGAAUUUCCUACUAUGUCAGGCUCGACAUAUACAACAGAUUGUGGUUGGGGAUGCAUGCUACGAAGUGGACAAAUGAUGUUAGCCCAGGCCCUAGUGUCUCACUUUCUAGGUCGCUCUUGGAGAUGGACUCCUGACAAACCAAUUCAAAAUGCUAGGGAGUUCCAAGAAGAAUGUAUUCAUCGCAUGCUUAUCAAAUGGUUUGGAGAUAAAUAUUCUGUUAAUAGUCCAUUUUCAAUACAUCAAAUGGUAAAGCUAGGUGAAGCUUUAGGUAAGAAACCUGGUGACUGGUAUGGACCUGCAUCUGUAGCUCACUGCCUUAAAUUAAUUAUGACUGCAGCAUCUCAAGAAAAUUAUGAAUUUGAUAAACUAGAAGUGUAUGUUGCUCAAGAUUCAACUGUUUAUAUUAAAGAUAUUUAUUCACUUUGUAAAUCAGGAGGUAAUUCCUGGAAAUCAUUAAUUCUAUUAGUACCUGUGAAACUUGGAUCUGAGAGGUUAAAUCCAAUUUAUGGUCCAUGUUUAACAUCUCUUCUUACACUCGAGUUUUGCAUCGGAAUAAUUGGUGGCCGACCUAAACAUUCCCUAUACUUUGUUGGCUACCAAGAUGACAGAUUAAUUCAUUUAGAUCCACAUUAUUGUCAAGAAAUGGUUGAUGUAUGGCAAGCAAAUUUUUCCCUACAGAGUUUUCACUGUAGAUCUCCAAGAAAAAUGCCUAUCAAUAAAAUGGAUCCAUCAUGUUGCAUUGGAUUUUAUCUAUCCACAAUGAAUGAUUUCGAAACCUUUAUAAAUGUGAUAAGCACAUUCUUAAUACCACAAGGAGUAUCUUCUAAUAAUGAAUACCCAAUUUUUACACUUCAUAGUGGAUCUCAUUCUGAUAUUAUGGACCCACCUAAUGUAAGGCAUUCAAUCUUUGAAUGUGAAAAAAAUUGGGUGGUCCCAAUACAAGAUUGUGAUACUGACAUUGAAUCAGAAGAAUUUGUUUUAAUCUAAUUAUAAUUUGUAAAUAAGUCUAUUAUGUGUGCUACAAAAACUCAGUAGAAACGCCUAAACAUGAGAAAAUUAUUAACUUAUUCAAAUGUUAUUCUUAAAAUUAUUUAAUGUUAGUUAUAUAAGUCAUUAAAUUAUUAUUAUCUGUAUAUAAUUGCUUACUGUAUCAUAAAAACUAUUAAAAAUAUGUAAUUUAUUUGAA